GGGCGGAGGUGGGGGGGGGGGCCCGGGCGGAGGGGGGGCCCCGAGCGGCAUGGCCAGCCCCGUCCCCCCCGCCGCCGCCACCGCUUCCACCGGGAUUUAACCGGGGUUUGGAUGCUUUCACCUCCCGUCUCCACUUCGGGAGGGCAUGUGCGCGGGGGCAGCGGGCCGCCCCCAGCGGAGCCCCCCCGCGCCCUGACCGCACGGUGAGGGGCUCCGCCGCCAGCCCCGUCCCGCCGCCGGCCCCCGAGGACGGGGAGCGGCCCCCCCUGGCCGGUGGGUACCGGGCGGGGGGCGGCGGGUGCCGGCAACUUGUGUUCAGCGCCCGGCGGUACCGACCGGGGGGACCCCCCGCCGCUCUACCCGAGGAGAUUUGGGUUUAAACUUUGGGUUUUGGGGAGCCCCGAAGAUGCCUUUCCACCCGGUGACGGCGGCGUUGAUGUACCGGGGGAUCUACACCGUCCCCAACAUCCUCGCCGAGCAGCGCCCCGUGGAGAUCCCCGAGGAUGAGCUGGAGGAGAUCCGGGAAGCCUUCAAGGUGUUCGACCGGGAUGGCAACGGGUUCAUCUCCAAGCAGGAGCUGGGCACGGCCAUGCGCUCCCUGGGCUACAUGCCCAACGAGGUGGAGCUGGAGGUCAUCAUCCAGCGCCUCGACAUGGACGGUGAUGGGCAGGUGGACUUUGAGGAGUUUGUGACGUUACUGGGGCCCAAACUGUCCACCUCGGGCAUCCCGGAGAAGUUCCACGGCACCGACUUCGACACCGUGUUCUGGAAGUGUGACAUGCAGAAGCUGACGGUGGAUGAGCUGAAGCGGCUGCUGUACGAGACCUUCUGCGAGCACCUGUCCAUGAAGGACAUCGAGAACAUCAUCAUGACAGAGGAGGAGAGUCACAUGGGCACGGCCGAGGAGUGCCCCGUGGACGUGGAGACCUGCUCCAGCCAGCAGAUCCGCCAGACCUGCGUGCGGAAGAGCCUCAUCUGCGCCUUCGCCAUCGCCUUCAUCAUCAGCGUGAUGCUCAUCGCCGCCAACCAGGUGCUGCGCAGCGGCAUGAAAUAGUGGGGUCACCCCGCGGCCCCGCGGCGAGCAGGAGAGAGCUAUAAAUAUAUAUAAAUAUAUAUCUGUACAUCCAUCCGUGGCCCAGAGACGUGCCCCCCCCCCCCCCCGGGAGGGGGGCGGCGAGGGGCCGGGGGUGUCCCCGCCGUGCCGGGGCGGUGCCAUCGCAUGGAGACUUCGGUAACGACACCGCCGCCCCCCGAGCCCCCCUCGCCGGGCAAAAACCAACCCGUAAGUGC